AUGAACAACGAAAAUACAGUGAACAAUGAUGAUAAUGCAAGCCUUUAUCAUAAUUUAAGGAAAAUAAGAAAACCACGUAGUUAUGAUUUUGAAUAUGUUGAUGAUAAGACAAAAAAAGGUAGAGGGAGGAAAAAAAGAAGAAAACGGAGAAGGUCAUCUAUGGGUGACAUAAAUAGUAUAAAUGGAAAUGUUAUUGAUACAAAUAAAGAGGAAAAUAUAUUAAUAAAAAUAGAACAUACUGAUAGUAAUAUUCCUAAUUCCAAUGAAAAUGUAGAAAAUAAAAUUGAAAUAAAAACAGAAUGUGAUAAUAGUAAAAAUUGUUAUGUUACUGAAAAAACUAUCAGUACCCCUAAUUUACCUAUUAGACGUCAUAAAUCAAAGAAAUUUAAUUUAGAAAAGAGUAUGAAUUUAUUUAAUACUAAUAUUCCUUUAAGAAAUAAUAAUAUAAAAAUCGAUAGAAUUUGUGAAUAUUUAAAUUAUACGACCAAUACAUUGUGGAGAUAUAUGGGUUCUACUGUGAAAUUUAGAUUAGUAGAAGAUCAACAAGAAAAAUAUUUAUUUUUAAAAAAUAUGAAAAAAAAUAUUAUUUUUGAAAUUAUAAAAAUUGCAAUGUUUGCUUUGUUGAAAGUUAAUUUGAAUGACAAUAAUAUAUAUACCUUAAUUCCAGAGGAGAAGAAAAAAAAUGAAUACAUUUCAAAGGAUAUGAAUUUAAUAAGAUAUACUAAAAGGGAAGAAUAUAACAAUAAUAAUAGUAAUAAAAUUAAUGAUAAUCUUAAUAGUAAUAAACCUAAAGGUGUUGAUAAUCAUAAUAAUACUACCAAUAAUAGUAAUCAUAACAUAAACGAUCUUAAUAAUAUGUCCAAUAGAAAUAGCUAUUACGCAUAUUAUUUUUAUAGUAAGAAACCAAAUAACGUAGAAAAUAAUGAAGAAAGUAAUUGUGAUAAUAAUAGCGUUAAUAAAGAAAACAGUAGUGUUGUUAAAGAUACCCAAAAAGAAGAUGAAAAUAUUUCUGAUGUCAAACAAAAUCAUAAUGUUUCUUUUAAAGCUAAUGAAUCUAAAGAAAAUCACAAGAACAAUUAUAACUCAAUGAUUACCAUAAAAAUAUCACCUGCUUGUGAAAAUGAAAAUAUAUCAUAUCCUUAUUCGAAUUAUGAUAACUCUAAAAUUAAUAUAAGUAGAAGAUUAGAAGAAAAGGAUGAUAUAUUAAAUCAAGGAGUAACGGUUCCUGAAAUUUUAGAUUUUGUUAAAGAGAAAUAUGAAAAAUAUUAUGAAAAUGUAAAACAAUAUAUAGUAACCACUUUAAAUAUAUAUUGUGCAUUGAAUAUUUUUAAACUUAUAAGAAGAGGAAGAUAUACUAUUUGUAAAUAUGAAAAUUUUGAUAUUUUCAAAAUGAAAUAUUUUAAAAAGUAUUAUAAAUUCUUUUAUUCCUUAAAAGGAGAAGAAGAAAUUUUAAUGAAUGUCAAAAAUUAUUUGAAAUCAUUUUAUUAUGAUAGAAAUAAAAAAAGAAGAAGAAGAAGAAGAAGUAGUACUGGUAUAUUUAGUACAAAGAAAAGGUUGUUAGGUGACAAGAAGGGUAGUACGUAUUGUUUAAAAGAAAUGGAUGCUUUAACAGGCACGAAAAAUAUAAUAAAAAAAAGAAGAUCCUCUACUAAGAAACCGGGAAGGAAAGGACUCAGUGUUUUGAAAAAAGAAGAAGUUACAAACAAUCUUGCAGUAUAUAGUUACACAAAUAAUAAUGACAAUGUUGUUGAUAGUAGUAAUAUUAUGGAUAGUAGUAAUAUUAUGGAUAGUAGUAAUAUUAUGGAUAGUAGUAAUAUUAUGGAUAGUAGUAAUAUUAUGGAUAGUAGUAAUAUAAUGGACAGUAGUAAUAUAAUGGACAGUAAUAAUAUAAUGGACAGUAGUAAUAUAAUGGACAGUAGUAAUAUAAUGGACAGUAAUAAUAUUAUGAACAAUAGUAAUAUCAUGGAUAGUAGUAAUAUCAUGGAUAGUAGUAAUAUUAUGGAAAGUAGUAAUAUUAUGGACAGUAGUAAUAUUCUUUAUAGUAACAAUAUUCUUGAUAGUAAUAAUAUUGUUGAUAGUAAUAAUAUUGAUAAAAAUUUUAAUAUUAAUAUACAGAAAGAUGAUCCUAAUAUAAAUAAUAAUAUAACCAAUGUGACAAAAUUCGAAAUCUCAAUUAAUAAUAAUGUAAUUCAAUCAAUCACAGAACAUAAUAAUAAUCAUAAUGAUACAUAUGAUAUAAAAAAUAAUACUCCAUCGUAUAGUAAUAUAAAAGAAGACGUCGAAAUUAAUUUAAAAAAUAAGGAAGAGGACAAAUCUAAUAUUUUAAAUAAUUCAUUGUUAAAUAUAACAAAUAAUGAUAUAAAUAAACAUAAAGAAGAAAAAGAAGAAGAACUUGCUAUUUUAAAUUGUAAUAUUGUUAAUAACAAUUUAUUAGACUUAUCAAAUGAACGUAUAAAAAAUGUUUGUUUAGAUUUAAAUAAAAUUAAUAUAAAAUGUGUUAAGGUGGUUUAUGGAAUGAAACAUUUUUUUUGUUCUUAUGAUACACAAGAAAUAAGUGAUCCAUAUUUUGAAAUUAUAAGAGUCCAAAAAAAAUAUGAUAUUCUAAGAAGAAAAAGUAUAGAAAAAAUGAAUUUGAGAGGUGCUAAUAAUCCAUAUCCAUCUUCUAGAAGAUUAUUAAAUGUUACAAAUAAUAAUAAUAAUAUUGUAAAGGGCAAAAACAAUUUAUUGUUAAGAGCUAGUGUUAUUAGUAAUAGUAAAGAUGAUCCAAAAAAAAGAAAUUCACAAUAUGGAAAACAAAGAAAAAAUGAAGAAGAUGACUAUGCUAUGAAACAUGAAAAAUAUAAUUGUGUUAAUUUUAAUUUAAGUUAUAAAUCCUUAAGAAAAAAAAUGAUAUGCUUAAGGCACUAUGCAAAUGCAAAUACAAAUGUAAAUACAAGUACAAAUAUAAAUGUAUAUAAAAAAGAAGAAAAUAAAACGGUAAAAGUAAAAACUGAAAUAAAAAUUAAAGAUAAAUUCUUAACACAAACAAAUGAAAGUUUAAUACAAACUUCAUCUAUUAAUUCAAAUUUUUCAAAUAUUAUAAGUGCUGAUGGAUUUUCAUCUAUAAAUUUAGAAAGUCAUUGUUCUCAGAAAAGUGCUUGA